CUUAGCUUUCGCAGGCGCAGCCAUUGAUUUCUACGUAUACUUACGUGCGAGGACAUCAGGCCUGUUCCUUGCCUUUCUGUUGUACUUAUCUGCUUUCUGGUUUAUGAUCUGUGUGUCACGAAUUGCUAUGCCUUUCCCAUUUACAUUCAGUUUUCGCGUACCGGGUCUUCACAAUCCGUUUACCGCUCAAUCGGCAGUAAAACCGUCCCGGAAUGACAGGAAAGAUACUCGGCUUGAUCCUGCAUCUGCUAUUUCUCGACGUAAUUGCACCCAAUUUCCUCCUCCCCGCCGUGCAUCACCGUCACCAUCACUAUCAUCAUUUGUACCACUAAACCGUAAGCGCGGUUGGGUGCCUUCUAUCUCUGAACCCAGCCAAGCCGCCACAAGCGCCGCAUCUACUCGAGGUUAUCUCGACACACCCGCAAAGUACAGGGAUAUGGCACAUGAAGCGCCCGAACAGGAAUUUGUUGAAGAAAUGUUUGCAGAAUUACCACCCGCCAAGCGGCGUCGCACUCUCGCAGGUUCGAUCGUGUCCACAGCGUUGAGCGCUGCUCUUAUCGGGACUGCUGUUGGUCUCACUGUAUAUCGCCUCUGGCGGGACCGAGGCAAGGAACAAGAAAGAAUACAACCACUACCACCACCAUACCACCCGGGUGACUGGGUCCCCGAACAAUACAAGGAUAUUCAAGUUACCCCUCCUACUCCGAAAUCGCGCAAGCCUCGCUCAACGCCUUCUGUUCGUCGUUCCGGCACACGACACCGCAGGGUGCGAGCUCGCGGUCGACCGGUUACCCCAUCACGUAGUGUUUCCCCUACCCUCAUGGCUCAUCCACCCCCAGAAUUUGAUUUCGUGCAUGUAAACCAAGACGAAGAUGAAGAGGAGGACGAACCUGAGGCUGACGAAAUGGACUGGAUCGGCGACAGACUAUCUAGACUCAUACAAGAAGGGCACAGAGCUCUAAACACGGAGGUUGUGGUCAUGAGUGAAGCGAAAGAGGAUGAGGUGGAUGAUGGUUCAGGUGACUGGGAGGAAGAGCAACCUGCCGCUGGUCCAUCUGUGUCCAGGCGGAGUUCCUUCCGCCAAACACAUCAGCCCCGUAACAUUCAACCCCCAUCCUACUCGGCCUUUACUUCAUCUUCUCCGAGCUCGUCACCUAGGAAGCGUAAAUUUGUUGGCGAUGCUGUACACCUUUCUCCUGAUCGCCAAAAUUUCUCAAGGUUGUCAGUACCCAGUACACCUCGUCGGAUUGCUCGCGAAUCUUCGAUGGAUAUUGGCGUCUGCGCUACUGUUACAAGCAGCUUCAAGGAGGAUGUGAGUGCCUGGCAGAGUCCAGAACUCAGAGAGUCGAUGGAGAGGGCAAGAGCGCAAUACCUCCAGAGGCGGAUGGGCGCACGAUCAUGAUGGAACUUUCUGAUAUGUAUUACUUACGUACUGACACUUUCUUGAUCACUGGCACUGUCUCUUAACGAAGUAUGGUCUAGGAAUUUUUCAAGUACAUGCUGUAUCAUUAGAAUCACUUUAGCCAAUGGUCAUGCGCCAUUUGGCAGUUUUCCACAAGAACCGGAACUAUUUCUGAUUAUUUAUGGCAACACUCAGAAUUAGAACACAAACUCGUUUUGGAAA